CUCUGCUCCCAGAAUGUCGCGGCGGUAACCAGAGAAGCAGGAAGCUAAAUUGAACGAUACAGAACAAGGAUGCUCCGUGCGACUACGUUUCUUCCACUCUGCAAUUCGACGAAUCUCCUUAAUGCUACUCAAAGCAACUCGGAUUAUUCUCUUGCUUUCACGAUAAAAGCUCAGUCAUAUCUGCUCUCUGGCUUGACUCUAACGGAUUCUUCUUUCAUGCUAUGCUUCAAAUCUCUCCAAUUUCAGCAUCCUUGUGUUAAUUCGAAUGCGGCAUAUGGUAAUGGGUUUGGUGUGUGCGCUUUAAAGAAGCGAGGGAAAGCUGCGGGUGUUGGCGUUUUGCAGACGGACGAUUUUGAUGAGGACGUUGGGGAUAGUGAUAAUGAUUUUGGGGACUUUAGUGGUGAAGAGGAUGAUGAUGAGGACGAUGAGGGAGUGGUUAUGCCGUUUGAGCAGAUGAGAAAAUGGCUGAAGAACAAGCCUCGUGGUUUUGGUGUAGGUAAGGUGUAUGACACUUCUAUUGAGGACAAGCUGCUUGAUGAAAUACGCGAGAGUAGAGAAGCUCAGGUUGCUAUUGAGGAUAAUCCCAUGAUGUCUGGUGUCAAGAAAAACGAAGAGAAGAAAGCCCAGGAUGUUAAAAGUGGAGUUCAAGUACGUUUGGUGAACUUGCCAAAGAAGAAGAACAUCUAUAGGGAUCUUAAGUUAGCUUUCCAAGAGAUUCCUGGCUUGGUUGAUAUAGUCCCAGCUGUUUCUGGUAACAAGAGGACAAGGGACCCUGUCUGCAAGGGCUUCGCCUUUGUUUAUUUCAAGUGUGAAGAAGAUGCUGCAAGGUUUGUGCAGCUAUACUCUGGGAAAACUGUUACCUUCGGUAAAGUUCAAAAGCGGAUAAAAUGUGAGCUUCUGAAUGAAAAAUCUUCAGUUUCUGCAUAUCUGGAAUCAAGCCAAGAUGAUAGUGCUGCAGCUACACCACAGCUCCUAGUCCCAGCCAUAGAAGAAAACCCAAAUGAGGAUUCCAAUGUAGAUAAUUCUGCUUUCAGUUGUUGGGAUGAGACUGUUUCUAGCACUGAUGAUUCGGAUCCCCUAUUUGGAGUAGAACAGGUUCAAGAGAAUGAAGAGUAUGCGGCAACACUGGAUGUAGAUGAUGGUGAUGACAGUAUGGAACUACAGAUUGGUUCUGAAAUUAAUUCACUUUCCUUGGAGCAGAAGCCACCUGGCAAACCUAAACAAGGGAAUGUUGUUAGGAAAAAGCCGCCUUCCAAAGAGAAAGUUAAGAAGGUUCCUAAGUUCGACGUUCUGAGAUCUGCAAAGAGGUUGAAGAUAAAGGAGAAGGCUGUUCUUAGUGAUGUUCUCUCCAAAUAUGGACCAAAAUCUGCUUUAGCCUCAAAGGGUAGUUAAGGAAAUCACUAAUUACCAUGGCCAGAUGCUGCUGAGUGGGACUGAUUUGAAUGAUGAAUGAGGGAGGGGAUGGUCUCCUUAAUUCCACAUUGUAACUCUAUGUAUUCUGAGAUUUUAUUUCAAUCAAAAUUUGCUAAAAAUCAUGACAAAAAAAAAAAAAAAGAAGAAGAAGAAGAAGUAAAUUUCAGCCCAUAUCG